GAGUUUCUAGAUUUGCUGAGUGAACUCGUUGCUGUGUUUGCUAAGUGGAACACAUUAUAAUUACAAAUGGCCAACUGGGCGCCCAGUCAGCCACCAACUUGCUUCACUGACCGUGGAUGUUGAUUGUCGUUGGCUCAAGUCAGUUGCGUUCGAGAGCUGCGCAAGCGCAGAACGUUUGAUUUAAAGUUAAAGUAGAAAAGUGCCGGGAAUAUCAAUAAGCUAAUAAACUGUGUUGCGACAGUGAUUUUUGUAGAAAGUGUGGGAAUAUGUGGAUUUGUUUAGUGGUUUUCCUCCUGGCAGGAUUUAUUCAGGCUGAAUCCCCGCCGGAUCCUAAAUUGGAUUCUUUUCUAAAUGAAACCAAUCAACAACUCGCAGUUAUUUAUGAUCAGGCUGUUUUGGCUAAGUUGUUGAAUGAACUGCGCGGACCCAAUGACUUGGUGGCUCUUUUGGAGAUCGAGGUCACCGAUGAAAAGCUACUAAAGUUUGUAAGAACUCUAACCACCCGCAAGGCCAAGUUCAAGCGGUUGGGUUUGGGGAAUGCUCACCAAAGGAGGCUGCUCUCUAAAUUCCCAAAAUUGGGAUAUGAGGCACUGCCACUUAAGGAUUUGGAGCGGGUCUAUGCCCUGGCCUCCAAUAUGAGUGAUAAUUACCAUAACGUCAAGCUGUGUGCAUACAGGCAGCCGGAGAAUUGCACUCUGAGACUUAUACCAGAGGUCCAAUCGAUAGUUCAAGGAAGCCGUGAUCUGGACGAGAUUGAAUAUUACUGGUUUGAGUGGCGAAGGCGUACGGGCUUGGCCACCAGAUCUCAGUUUGUGGAUUUCAUGGAUCUGUAUAAAAAGACAGCCCAGCUGAAUGGAUAUGCUCGUGCCGAGGACUAUUGGUUUCGUUCUUUGGAGCUAAAUGGACAGGAGACCAUGGCCUUGUUGGAUAAAAUAAUGCAUGGUUUGCGACCUUUGUUUUUUCAGUUUCACGCUCAUGUCAGGGGUUCCUUGAGAAAGAUGCAUGGCGAGAGGUUGGUGCCCAGGAACACCCCUUAUCCCCAACAUCUGGCAGAGGUCUUCAUUGGCAAUGCUUUCCGGAGGGUUCAGGCCGAGUGGUAUGUGGAUUUGCCUUCGCCGGAAACAGGCUUGGCCAAUAUUACCCAGGAACUGCAUCGUCGGGGAUUGAGCACCACUCAAAGGGUGUUCUGGAAUGUGGCCGAGUACUUUAGGGCACUGGGUCUGCCCCAGUUGGAGAACUCCCUCUGGACAUAUGCCCAAAAAGUACCCUCCGAUGACGACGAUCGCUGCUGGCACAAAGCUUGGCGAUAUUAUGCCCUGCCCAGAACCAAUUUUACAUACUGUCCGCUGAACGACGAGGAGCGUUUCUUCAACAUGUUUGAGACACAGGCGGACCUGCAUUACUACCGAGCUGCCUCGGUUCAACCCACUUUACUGCAAGAGGAGCCCUUUCCCAAUUUCAGCGAUGCCAUUGGAAAGUGUUUCUCCUUGGCAGCCAGUUCACCGCGUUUCCUCAGAAAACUGGGCUUACUGAGGGAUGACAAGUGGAAGGAGUUGCCGGCACGCCUGAAUCGCCUGUACGUUCAGGGACUGCGGGUUGUCUUCCUCCUGCCCGUUUUCUAUGUCCUGGAUCGCUACCGAAUCGAAGUGCUGAGCGGACAUAUUAAGGCGGAUAAUAAUGAGGCCUAUUGGCAAUUUACGGAGCACUAUACAGGUGCAGCAGCUCCAACGAAAAGGACCAACGAACAGUUCGAUGUGCCGGCAAAGCUGCUCAUGGAGGUGGAUGACCAGUAUGCCAGUCACUUUCUGAGCAUUGUGUUGCAGUUCCAAUUGUUAAAACACUUCUGCACCAAAACAGGGCAAUUCGAAGAUGGUAAUCCCAGGAAACCUUUGGAUCUGUGCGAUCUAUCUGAUCAGCGUGGCAUUGGGGAGAUUCUCCAAAAGGCCAUGUCCCUGGGAUCUUCAGUUCACUACAGGGAAGUACUGCAGAAGCUGCUGGAUGAGCCUGAAAUCAGCAUAGAUGGCUUACUGAGCUACUUUAAACCGCUUCAUGAUUGGUUGCAACAGCAAAAUAUACAGAGUAAUCUGGAUGUAGGUUGGACUUGAAUCUUGUGUUGUAAAUACUUUAAAAAAUGAAAUUUGUACUCAGAUAUUUAUUCACUGGCAAUAUAAAGUAUAAAACUUA